AUGGGUUACCUGUCAAAUUCGGCGUUACCUUUGGUCAUCUACAAAUUAAUACAGAUUACAACAGGUCAGUACAAGUCAGCCCAGGUCAUCGAGAGGUCACAACAGGGUGACCGUGUGAAAGGCGUGGUGGCCAGUGGAGGAAACUGUUUCAUCCGCCUCAACAGACUCUCACAGACCUCACAAGGCUCACAGACCUCACAAGACUCUCACAGACCUCACAAGACUCCCUCACAGACCUCACAAGACUCUCACAGACCUCACAAGACUCUCACAGACUCACAAGACUCCCCACAGACCUCACAAGACUCUCACAGACCUCACAAGACUCUCACAGACCUCACAAGACUCUCACAGACCUCACAAGACUCUCACAGACCUCACAAGACUCCCCACAGACCUCACAAGACUCCCACAGACCUCAAGACUCCCACAGACCUCAUGAGACUCCCACAGACCCACAAGACUCCCACAGACCUCACGAGACUCCCACAGACCUCACAAGACUCCCACAGACCUCCAAGACUCCCACAGACCCUACGAGACUCCCACAGACCUCACAAGACUCCACAGACCUCACAAGACUCCCACAGACCUCAUGAGACCCCACAGACCUCACAAGACUCUCACAGACCUCACAAGACUUCCACAGACCUCACAAGACUCCCCACAGACCUCACAAGACUCUCAAAGACCUCACAAGACCCCACAGACCAAGACUCCCACAGACCUCAAGGAGACUCCCACAGACCCUCACAAGACUCUCACAGACCCUACAAGACUUCCACAGACCUCACAAGACUCCCCACAGACCUCAUGAGACCCCACAGACCUCACAAGACUCUCACAGACCUCACAAGACUCCACAGACCUCACAAGACUCCCACAGACCUCACAAGACCCCUCACAGACCUCACAAGACUCCCACAGACCCUCACAAGACUCCACAGACCCCUACAAGACUCCCAGACCUCACGAGACUCUCACAGACCUCACAAGACUCUACAGACCUCACGAGACUCCCCACAGACCUCACAAGACUCCCACAGACCUCACGAGACUCACAGACCCUCACAAGACCUCACAGACCUCACAAGACUCCCACAGACCUCCACAGACCUCCACAGACCCUCACAGACCUCACAAGACUCCCCACAGACCUCACGAGACUCCACAGACCCUCACAAGACUCUCACAGACCUCACAAGACUCCCACAGACCUCCACAGACCUCCACAGACUCUCACAGACCUCACAAGACUCCCACAGACCUCACAAGACUCUCACAGACUCCUACAGACCUCACAAGACUCCCACAGACCUCACGAGACUCCCACAGACCUCACAAGACUCUCACAGACCUCACAAGACUCCCACAGACUCCACAGACCUCCACAGACUCACAGACCUCACAAGACCCCACAGACCUCACAAGACUCUCACAGACCUCACAAGACCCCACAGACCUCACGAGACUCCCACAGACCUCCACAAGACUCUCACAGACCUCUCGAGACCCCACAGACCUCCAAGACUCCCACAGACCUCCACAGACCUCCACAGACUCUCACAGACCUCACAAGACUCACAGACCUCCACGAGACUCCCACAGACCUCACAAGACUCCCACAGACCUCCACAGACCUCCACAGACUCUCACAGACCUCACAAGACCCCACAGACUCACAAGACUCCACAGCUACAAGACUCCCACAGACCUCAUGAGACUCCCACAGACCCUACAAGACUCUCACAGACCUCCACGAGACUCCCACAGACCUCACAAGACUCACAGACCUCACGAGACUCCCACAGACCUCACGAGACUCCCACAGACCUCACGAGAUCCCCCAGACCUCCACAGACUCCCACAGACCUCACGAGACUCCCCACAGACCUCACAAGACUCCCACAGACCUCCACAGACCUCCACAGACCUCCACAGACCUCCACAGACCUCCAAGACUCCCCACAAACCUCACAAGACUCCCACAGACCCUCACGAAACCCCACAGACCCUCACGAGACCCCCACAGACCUCCACAGACCUCCACAGACUCCCAAGACCUCACGAGACUCCCACAGACCCCACGAGACUCCUAAGAACCUCCACAGACCCCACAAGACUCCCACAGACCUCACAAGACCCCACAGACCUCACAAGACUCCCACAGACCUCCUAAGACUCCCACAGACCUCACGAGACUCCCACAGACCUCACGAGACCCCACAGACCUCACGAGACCCCACAGACCUCCACAGACCACAAGACUCCCACAGACCUCACAAGACCCCUAGACCCUACAAGACCCCCACAGACCUCCACGAGACUCCCACAGACCUCACGAGACUCCCACAGACCUCACUGAGACCCCACAGACCUCCACAGACCUCACAAGACUCCCACAGACCUCACAAGACCCAGCCCUCACAAGACCCCACAGACCUCACAAGACUCCUACAGACCUCACGAGACUCACAGACCUCACGAGACUCCACAGACCUCCCCACAGACCUCACAAGACUCCACAGACCUCACAAGACUCCCACAGACCCCACAAGACGCCCAAGACCUCCACAGACUCCCCACAGACCUCACAAGACUCCUACAGACCUCACAAGACUCCCACAGACCUCCACAAACCUCCACAGACCCCACAGACCUCCACAGACCUCCACAGACCUCACAAGACCCCACAGACCCCAAGACCCCACAGACCUCACAAGACUCUCACAGACCUCACGAGACCCCACAGACCUCACGAGAACUCCCACAGACCUCCACUGA